ACUAUUAGAGAGUCAAUGCUUUGUAGACAGCUGACUCUGUCAGAGUAACUGUGAGAUCUGUAAAGGACAAAUGAUUGAGGCAACUAUGAGGGGGUCUACUAAACCCCAGUCAUCACAUGGGCUAGAGAAAUUGCCAUUUGCAUCAUCUUAUUUGAUUGAUUCCAUUCUGAGCAAAGGUGUGAGGAUAGACACUGGGAUCAGCAGAGAAGGUACGUGCCAUUUGUUUCAAAACCAAAAUUUGGAAGAUUGUCAAUUCCCUUUUGUAAGUGGCGCAGGGGAAAUUGUGUUGGUGAGAUUUCCAAAUAGGUGAAGAGAAUUCUGUUCACAUGAUAGAUAACUGUGUACAUAUUUUAAACAGUGGAUUCCAUGGGUCCAACAUCUCUCAAAGAGACUGAGAAUCAAUCCAACAAGUCCGAGCAGAUAUCAAUAGCAGAUCAUACUGCUCCUGAGGAGAACAAACGCACUUUACAGCCACAAGAUACUAGGAAAGAGAUGACAGUAAAUACUAACAGAGGGACAGAGCUUGGCUCCAACAGAAACCAAACAGAGCAGCUGAAAACACCAAGUUCGGGUGGACACUCAAGGAAGCAACGACGUUAUCGCACCACUUUUACUAACUUCCAGCUGGAACAACUGGAGAGGGCUUUCUGCAAAUCCCACUAUCCAGACAUUUUUGCCAGAGAAGAACUGGCAACGCAUCUAACUUUAACAGAGGCAAGAGUCCAGGUUUGGUUUCAGAACCGCAGAGCCAAGUGGCGCAAGAACGAGAAGGUUGGAGUGUUGAGUUCCCUCCCUGGGCUACCUUUAACCAACUCCCUGGGCGUUUACCUGGAUGUCCCCUUGCACCAGGCCUCUUUGGUGGAGCCAUCCUGGGGGGGAGCCCGAUACACGGCCUCAGUGUAUGCGCCUGACUCUGUUGGAAACCUGGGUAUUAACACUCUGGCCUGGGCCUCACUGUGUGGACAUCCUUUUAUCCAUCCUAACUUCAGCAGGUAUAUCAGACUUCUGGUUCAUAUGUUAUACUGUAUACCGACUAGGUUACAAGACUUGGGUUAACUCAGCAGCGGAUUUAAAAACCACUUAGUUGUUUUUCUCUCCUUAGGUUUUUAACCUUGUUAAAUCCAUUGGGUAACACUCCAACCCUGAUGACCAAACCUACCAGAAUAUCCCAGGUCAGCCCAGCCGACAAUGACAGGAGGCUACUUAGCACUGGCCACAACAAGGAGCACUCUGUCCACAUGCAGUAGUCCAACACAUUGCGGGACAUUGUCCUGUCCACCUUGUCCAUGCCUGGUUACAAUUUGUGCAAUGCUUUGUUCACGUAUGCUAGAGUAAUAAGAUUAUGUUUCAAUGUUUGUGUUGUAUAAUUUACUGGACAGCAAAACAUCUUUCCUAAAUAUUUUCGAUAAA